AUGGUACAGGGCCGCACAACUGUUAUUCAAACCUCCAUACCGACAGCGCCCGAUGCAACGCAAGAUACCCAGGCUUCGCCACCAACAGCAUCUCAAGAGCAACCAUCACCAGCAGAGAACCCAACCCUCGCCGAUAGACUGCAAAAGAAACCGCAGCCUCCUGCUGUCCAGCACCCCCAGCCGGUACAACACCCUCACCCAGACCACCAUGAAGAUCACCAACGCAAGCUCGGAAUCUCCUACUCGCCAUAUAACGCGGAUAGGAGCUGCAGAUCCGAAGAACAAGUCAACAAGGACCUCGAUAAAUUAACGGAAUACGCCUUUGUCCGCAUAUAUGGUACCGAUUGUGGUCAGACUACCACCGUUGCCAGAGCAGCACGGCAACACCACAUGCAAGUCUUCGCGGGUGUCUACGACUUGGAAAACUUCCCCGAGAGUAUCAAGGCAUUCAAUGAUGCAGCCACUCUGCCUGGAGGAAAGAAAGAUUGGUCCGUAUUCCACACUAUCGCCGUUGGCAAUGAACUCGUCAAUGGCGGUAUGGCAGCACCUGCAGACGUGACAAAAGCCGUGAAUGAAGCGCGAACCAUGCUCCGCAAAGAGGGGUAUCAAGGACCAGUUGUGACUGUCGACACUUUCUCCGUCCUCCUCAAACACCCGGAACUAUGCAUUGCAUCGGACUAUUGCGCGGCAAACUGCCACGCCUUCUUCGACGCAACACAGCACCCAUUUAACGCAGGUCCAUAUGUCCUCGAGCAGGCCCACGCCGUCUCCGCCGCAGCUGGUGGGAAACGCACGAUGAUUACAGAGUCUGGCUGGCCACAUGCUGGCCAGUCAAAUGGUGCGGCUGUGCCGUCGCCUGAGAAUCAGCGCGUUGCGAUUGACAGCAUUCGUCGCAGCUUUGCGCACCGCGAGGACGAUCUUGUGCUCUUUACUGCCUAUGAUGACCUCUGGAAACAGGAUAAUCGGUAUACAUUCAGCGCCGAGCGUUUCUGGGGAAUAUAUGAACGGUAG